AUGCAGGGCAGGUUCCACAUGUAUGAGGGUUACUCUAAAGAACAAAUCGCUCUUCCUAUUCGGGUAUUGAAAUUUUUAGGAGUCAAAGUGCUUAUAGUAAGUAAUGCAUGUGGUGGUCUGAACAGAGGUUUCAAAUGCGGCGAUUUCAUGGUGAUAAAAGACCACAUAAGCCUACCCGGUCUGGCUCUGAAUAAUGUGCUGAUGGGAUCAAAUGAGGAGAAGUUUGGACCCAGAUUCUUAGCAACCUCAAAUGCAUACAGCUCCGAAAUUCGUAAAUUGGCCAUUCAAUUAGCUGAGAAAAUGAAUAUUCGUCAUUUGGUUCAUGAAGGUGUAUAUGCUUUUACUGGUGGCCCAACAUAUGAAUCCCCUGCUGAAUGCAAAAUGUUGCUCGCGAUGGGUGCAGACGUGGCUGGCAUGAGUACAGUACCAGAAGUGUUAAUCGCACGUCACUGUGGAAUGACUGUCUUCGCUGUUUCAUUGGUUACAAAUGUGUGCAUUCUCGAUGUGGAGAGUAAGGCAAUAGCCAAUCAUGAGGAGGUUAUAGCUAUUGCAAAGAAAAGUGCAGACAUUUUACAGUCAUGGAUUAAGGAAAUAAUAAGCAAUGUUUCAAUUGAUAAUUAA